CUGUGCCAGGUUCGAUACUAGUGAGCAGUCCAAUGAGAUGUAGCAGCAUCUUAUAAAACUUCGUCUUUGUUCUUUAUAACCUAACAAUCUCACCACACUUCAUAUAAAUACACGUUUUUACUCCACUUGGUAGCCAAAAUGUCCGACGGCAGUCGCUGGAAAGCAACGGUACAUGUGGGAGGGCUUGCACCACAUGUAACUACGAGUAACGUCCUCGAUGCAUUUAUUCCUUUUGGCGAAAUCGUUGAAGUCAAGUUGCCAAAAAAUGAUGAUCGCAAUCCCUCCGAACCACAUAAAGGGUUUGCGUAUGUCGAAUUUGAAGACAGUGACGACGCAGGCGAGGCCAUCAAUAACAUGGACCAAGCUGAAUUCUUCGGAAGAACUAUCAAAGUCUCACAAGCCAAAGCCCCAAAGAGCGCACAAGAAGGGCUGGGAAGCAAGACUGCUGUAUGGGAACAGGAAGGCUGGUUGGCUGAGAAUGCUGGAGACGAUGACGGCGCUGCCAAUGCAGACGCACCUUCGGCUGAUCCUAUGCAAGGUCUAGAAGGGCUUGAUGUUGCUGGCCCAAAACAGGCUUAGCAGCCAAUCUUAUAAAAGUUAAGGCGUUCAUUGGUUCGGUUACAUAGCAUAGCGAUGGCGUUUGGGCCAAACAGAUUUGUGAAUGGGGGCAAUAGAGCCUGGUUUUAUUGUAUUCUUGCUUCUUUCCACGACUAUACCUACUCUUUAAACAUGUACAAUGUGUCCCUCUCUCCGCUUCCCUGAAACAAAGAAACUGAUGGCGUUGUGCCUCUAUUGUGGUUGAUUUAAUGGUGUUCGGCGCGGCCAGCAGGACCUUGGCGGGAGAGUCUGAGAGUCUUGUCGACGACGAAUUUGCGGAUGCUCGAGUAACCGGCAGCGAAAAUGGCAAAGCCAACAACGACACCUAUGGAACGCGACUAUUAGCCUGUAUGGCUGCAAAGGAUUUCGACAGGAGACAUACCAAGAGGAAUCAACUCAGCAGGGAUAUCCUUGAGCUUGCGGAGGCGCUGGGAAACGGUGUGGCCUGCAAAUAAAUUAUUAGUUUCAAUGCUCUAUUCGCUUUCCCGUGAGAUGUAUCGACUGUCGCCACGGGAAGAGCCUCACAUACCGGCCUGGUCCUCCUUCUACAUUGACCGAGGUAUUAGCAAAACGGUGCGUGUCAGAAGCGUUUUUUAAGACAGCAACUUACGGGAACGGGACGCAUCAUGCGAGCCGUAGGGCGGAACAUUCUUCUGGCAAUGGUAGCGUGCAUUUUGACUUUUGUUGCUGUAUUGUAUGAGGUACAAUUGGAAGGGCAAUGGGAAGCGAAUCGGUAGCAAAAUAUCGCCCUGAAGGUCUGAGG